AUGGCGCCUAGAGUUACACCGGAGUUCGACAAGACCAGCAGGCCUAGCUCUGCAUACGAAAUCGAUAAGGAGGCGAUGUUUAACGGGUAUAAUAGAAAGAUCAAGGUAUUAACUAUAGGGGCGGGCCUGAGCGGUAUCAUGAUGGCCUACAACAUCCAGAAGCACUGCCAGAACGUCGAGCAUGUUGUAUAUGAUAAGAACCAUGAUAUAGGUGGUACCUGGCUGGAGAAUAGAUAUCCAAACUGUGCGUGCGAUGCGCCGAGUCACUCUUAUAUAUUCAACUUUGCUCCUAAUGUUGGUAUCACCUUGUCCUGUCCACCGUGGGAGGGUGGGUGUAUUGAUGUUAAGAUGGAUACUGAUAUAUUUGGUAGCCCGAGUGGAACAACAUCUAUUCAUAUGCCACAGACAGUGUGCGAAGUCUUUGAUCUUCGCAAGUACAUGACUUUCAACACGAGAGUGACAGGCGCCUACUGGGAAGAGGCUUGCGGCCAGUGGAGAGUAGAGCUCAGUCAGACGGCGCCGGACGGAUCCCAGAUCGUUAUCGAAGAGAAGUGCCAUGUUCUGUUGAAUGCUUCGGGGUUCCUGAAUAAGUACAAGUGGCCAGAUAUUCCUGGGCUUGAUGAAUUCACGGGAAGGUUGAUUCAUACCGCAGCAUGGCCGAAAGACUACCAGGAAGAGCAAUGGAAAGGGGAGAACGUUGUAGUAAUUGGCAGCGGAGCCUCGAGCAUCCAGACGGUUCCUGGGAUGCAGCCACACGUAAAACAUAUGGAUGUAUUCGUGAGGACAGGUACAUGGUUCGCAGCCAUUGCGGGAAACCAGGGAGGCAACUCAGCCUAUUCGGACGAAGAGAAGGAGAAAUUCAGAUCCGAUCCGCAGGCGCUGGUUGAGCAUUGCAAGUCCUGGGAAGACCAGAUCAAUGCCCUCUGGGGGAUGUUUUAUAAGGGGAGCCCGGCACAGGCGGCUGUCCGCCAGAUCCAUCUUUUCGCCUUCAUCAUGAAAACUAACAAAAUAAUAGGAUUUCUGCCUUCGUUUGGCGUGGGAUGCCGCAGAAUGACCCCUGCAGAUCCGUUUAUGGCGGCGAUCCAGCAGGACAACGUCGACGUCCACUUCACGGCAGUGACUGAAUUCACAGCAGACGGGUUGAUCGGCGAAGAUGGUACCGAGAGAAGGGCGGAUACGAUCAUAUGCGCCACAGGCUUCGACACUUCGUACCGACCCAAGUUCCCGCUUGUUGGCCAGGGGGGCGUCGAUCUUCGUGAAAAAUGGAAGACUCACCCGGAGUCGUAUCUUGGCCUGGCAGUCCCUGGGUGA